CAUCCUUUUGACUCUCCUUGUGGAUGUUGUUUUUUCAGGUUUGGCAGCACAUGCUCCGUACUCACUGCACCGAAUCAGACCAGACAAAAGGUCCAGAGCCAGGGACUAAGCCAGAACUCAACCAGGACUGUGGGACUAAGCCAGAACUCAACCAGGACUGUAGGACUAACCCAGAACUCAACCAGGUCUGUGGGACUAACCCAGAACUCAACCAGGACUGUGGGACUAACCCAGAACUCAACCAGGACUGUGGGACUAACCCAGAACUCAACCAGGACUGUGGGACUAACCCAGAACUCAACCAGGACUGUGGGACUAACCCAGAACUCAGCCAGGACUGUGGAACUAACCCAAAACUAAACCAGGACUGUAGGACUAACCCAGAACCUGACCAAGACUGUGGGAGUAACCCAAAACUCAACCAGGACUGUGGGACUAACCCAGAACCUGACCAAGACUGUAAGACUAACCCAGAACUCAAUCAGGACUAUAAGACGAACCCACAAUUGAAUCAGGACUUGGGGACUAACCUAGAACUGAACCAGAAACCAGGAACCAACCCAGAACUGAACCAGGACUGUGGGACCAACCCAGAAAUGAACCAGGACUGUGGGACCAACCCAGAACUGAACCAGGACUUGGGGGCUAACCCAGAACCAAAUCAGGACUCGGAGACUAACCCAGAACUGAACCAUGAUUUGGGGACUAACAGUGGUGAGAUGAAGCUUGAGGGAGAGAAUCAAAAGAUGAUGUCAGCUGAUACAGAAGAGUUGGGAGAAGAAAGACAAGAAGAGGAGGGAGGAGACGACAGAGGAGACAAGGGAGGAGACAAGGGAGGAGACAAGGGAGGAGACAAGGGAGGAGACACCCGAGGAGACGCCCGAGGAGAAUACAGAGGAGAACACAGAGGAGAACACAGAGGAGAACACAGAGGAGAACACAGAGGAGACAACAAAGGAGACAACAAAGGAGACAACAAAGGAGACAACAAAGGAGACAACAAAGGAGACAACAAAGGAGACAACAAAGGAGACCACAAAGGAGACCACGAAUAUAAAGCUGAUGAAAAGAUGGACACAGAAGACAAAAUGAAGACGUCUCUCAAGAGGAAGAGCCCCUCCCCCCUUUCCCCUGACCCCUCCCCCUCAUUGCUGCAGUUCGAUUCUGGUGUGUAUCAGUGCUCGCUCUGUGAUUUCUCGCACAAACUCCGCACCAUCGCUGUCAAUCAUGCCGUACGCAAACACGGCUCUCCCCGCCACGUCUAUGACGUCAACACGCCACCGCCCCAAACCAACCAAUCAGAGCCCGUCGCCGAGAGCACCCCCGUGGAGGACGAAGAGGAAUUGACCUCAGAGAUGAUGACACAGGAACUGGAGGCGACCAAAAACCUGCGUUUCUAUAGCAACAGAGUAGAAUGUGAGCUGUGCGGCUGGAAGGCCAAAGUCAGGAAAGGCGCACGAGGCUUUGCCCUGAACCACCUGGAGCGUGCCCAUGACCUGCCCAGACCCUUCGCCUGCUCCGUGUGUGGACAGAGCUUCUUCAUGUCCUACCAACUCAAAGAGCAUGUGAGGUUUAGCCACAAAUCUGGACGCUACCAAUGUCUCUUCUGCUCCUUCAGGUCUGAUAAUCUGAAUGGCUUCAGACGCCACAGCGGAAAGUGUAACUACAGAGACAAUGAUCCAGAUGAAGACCAGAACCAAACCAGGUCUAGACCAGAACUGGACCAGGACCAUGAAGAUCGGAUCCACAGACCCAGGAGACGCAGCACCAGACUCAUAGUGGAGGAGGAGGAUGAUGAAGAAGAAGAAGAUUGAACUGGAGUUGAAUCAGGACUAAAUCCGGACUAAACCGGGAUCCAAACCUGGACUGAACACAAUGAUGUACAUUUUAUUUAACUGUUUACCAAAGUGCACUUCCCCAUUAUAAAAAUGUCUGUUCUCUGAGGUGUCUUGCUCAAGGACACUUAAACUCUCUGCACUAGAACAGUUGGAGCAGAACCUACAAUCUCUCUCCCGUCUCACCAGUACUAAAAAAAACAAAACGACCCGAGGUGAAUAAUAGUGAUUUUAUCUCCAAAAACU